UGGGGGCCUCUCAGGAUGCUGAGGGGCUCCCAGGGCGCUGGAGACCCACAGGAUUGGAGGUGUGGGGGACCUGUUAGGGCUGGGAGUGCCAUGGGGCACCCAAGGGUACAGAGGACCAGCAGGGCUGGGGGCUCUGGGGGGCUCCCGGCCCCACAGGACUGGGGGUGUUAAGGGCCUCUCAGGAUGUUGGGGGCUUGGGGACAUACAGGACUGGAGACACUGGAGGGCACCCCAGGGUGUUUGGGCCCCACAGGGCUCCGAGGAGUGCUGGGGGCACCCUGGGCUGCUGCGGGCCCCUCUGGGGUGCUGUGGAGUUUGGGGUGCUCCCUGUGCCUGGGUACCCUGGGUGUGAAUUUAACCGCUUCGUCACUGAGCAUCUCCUGGCAGCAGCAUGAUCCCAGGCUGUUGGACUUGUGGCCAACCCACAUGUUGUCACCAGCCCUGUGGGAACUGAGGAAGUGUUGGUGGGAAUUGCUGGUGGGCAGCAGCGGCAAGGGUGUGGGAUGAGUGGUCGAUGUCUUCUCAUGGAGAUAAGGGCAUCCUAGAAGAGCUAUAGGUGUGAUAGGGUACGUAGAGCUGAUCCUCACGGGAGUCCAUGGACCAUGUGCCUGUUGUCGAGGUGUUGUGUGAGCUCAGGGAGGUUCUCCAGGUGCUGGAGCGGGUGCAGAGCCCGAGCAGCCCCGUGGCCUCGCAACCCUCGGGGCCAAUGAUGAUGGCAACUCCAGAAAUAACAGCCCAACCCUGAGCUCGGGCUGUGGAGGAGAUCGAAGCAUUUCCCUUUUCCUCCCUGGGUCAGCACUGACGCACCCACCGGUACGGGGUCCGGCUCCUCCAGGAGCAGCACCAGCCUGGCCGGCAUGGCCAAGGCAGCCUGGGCGAGGGGCACAGGGACAGCAGGUGGCACAGAGCAUGGCUUGUCCCACACAGCCCCGGGACACGGGAUGGGGACAGGAUGGGUGGCCAGGAAGGUGUGAUGGGCCCUGGGCACCUCCCAUCUGCACCCAGCGGGUGACACUACAGGUGAUGGGUGGCUUUGUGCGAGGAGCCCAAAUCCCAGCAGGUCGCUGGUGGCAGAGAAAGCUGAGUGCUUGCUCAGUGGUUUCCCUUUAAAUUUGGAAGAGUUCAGCCCCAGCUUCAGGGCUUAUCGCCUGCGCGCAGCUUCGAGGGAAGCGUGCCUGGCUGAGAUAAAUCAAGUCGCGCUGGCCAGCGCUGCUCUGGGCUCCGUUCUUCUCACAUUCCUCAUGAGCUCAGUAUUUUGGCUCAGGAGGAGAGACAGGAGAGCCCUCCCAGUGUCCAUCCCUGGCCACGCCGGUGGAGCAGCUCGAGCUGCACAGCAGCACAUGCCUGAGCCAGGGCUGCCCAACUGGUGCCCCUGGCAAAGGGUCCAGAAGAGUCCGGAGCUCCGAUGCCCCAAACCCUGAGGAUCUGGCGAUCCAGAGCAGAGAUCAUCCCAUGGACCAACAAAGUUAAUGGUCUCGCAGUCAGCAGCAUCCUGGGGAGAAGAUGGCUCAGCCUGCACCCCUGAAACAGAACCUCCCAGAUCUCGGGGGCCCAUUCUUGUACCGGGACCAGGACGAUGGGGAAAAGAGCUCGUAUUCAGUGGAAACCCCCUAUGGCUUCCUCCUGGACCUGGAUUUCCUGAAAUAUGUCGAUGACAUUGAAAGUGGCCAAACGCUCAAGAAAGUGCCACUGCCUCGCAGGGCAAAAGGGACCCGGCAGCCCCCCAGCGCCCUGCGCAGCCCCAGCAGCCACACCAGUGCCUGGACCUCCACUGAGUCCCUCGCCUCCAUCACCAGCGAGGAGGGCAGGACGCUGCUGUCCCCACACCGCCGUGCGCCCCUGGAGCCCCCAAGCAAGCUGACCUCCCACCCCGUCUCGCCGCCACCACCCAUACGGCUGCUCCAGCCUCCCACCCACAAGUGCCUCGUGCUAAACCCACGGGUGGAGAAGACCUUGCUGGAGACGAGCAGGAGGCUGGAGCAGGAGCAUCUGCAGGAUAUCGGUAAUCCAUCCCGCAGUGUCCCAAGUCGGCCGCCCCCCUGGGUGCCAGUGGGUACCGAGGGCCAGGUGGGCUGGGGCCGGGUUAGCCCCGGCAGCUCGGGGUGCAGCACACCGGCCGCAGGGCUCGGCACUGCCCCGCUGCAGCACGUGCGGGAGCAGAUGGCUGCAGCCCUGCGGCAGCUCCGGGACCUGGAGGAGCAGGUGAAAACCAUCCCCCUCCUGGAGACACAGAUCUGUGAGCUGAAGAGGGAGAAGGCAAAGUUGAUGGAGAAGCUGUCAGUGGAGACCAGUGAGGCUUUCGGCCGCCCCGCUAGCUCUGAUGCUGGGGAAGGCGAGGAGCCUCCCCAGUCGGGGGCAGAGAGCGAAGCAGAGCCAGCAAAGGGGCGAGUGAGCAAGAUCGCAGAGCUGAGGAAGCUGACGGAGAAGCUGGCUGUGCCGGAGCGAGGUGUCAGGGCUUGGCCAUGUAGGAGCCCCAAGGCCAGCGAGAGGCCAUGCCGCUCCGUGGCGGUGGGUGAGGACCGAGCUAUGACCGACGCAGUCUUCUACUACCGGUCACAGGGGGAGGGUGAUGAUGUGCCGGACAGCAGGGUGAGGGAGCGCAGGGAUGCAGCAGUCUGGGUGCUGGAGUCCUCUCUGGGAAUGGCCAACGAGGCGGAGCAGGAGCUGGAGCUGCUGCAGCAGACAGUGGGGCACCAGAAGGAGGUGAUCGCCAUGAUGGAGGGGCACCUGCAAGAGGCCACGCGGGAGCUGGAGGAGCUGCGGCUGGAGGUGUGCGCCCGUCGGCCCCACGGGCGGGCGGACAAGGAGGUGACGGCCAAACCACAGGUAGCCGAGGCGCUGGUGGAGGCAGUGGUGCCAACAGAGAGCCGAGCGGCUGGCGAACCCCUCGAGACAGCGGAGGCAGGCGUGGAGUGCUGCCCGCCAACCACCUGCGUCGGGGUGGGCUGCCACCCUGACGAGCGUGAUGCAGCGGUCGGCCCCGAUUCCAUCGCUGGGUACGAAGACAAGGGCAGCCAGACCGACAUGGGCAGCGCUGUCCUGGUGGACAAGGAGACAGAGCCUGGUGCAGGCGAUUCUCCGAGCAGCCCCUUGGUGCAGGGCACAGGAGCAGUGGUGGGGAUGUGCCAGAGCAGCCCAGUACCAAGGGCAGCCACACCAGAGACGACGCACAGCGACCAGGACCCAUCGCUGGCACAGGAUGGUGGAGCUGCCCCCAGCCUUGCAGCUGGAGCCUUGAAGUCCAUCAUGAAGAAGAGGGAUGGCCCCGCUCAGAGCAAGGUGGAGGGCAGCAAGAAGAGCCUGCAGUUUGUGGGUGUGCUGAACGGCGAGUACGAGAGCACAUCCAGCGAGGAGGAAGAGGAGGAGGAGGAAGGAGAUAGCUCCUCCGAGAAGGCUUCAGCUGACAGCUCUGACAGCUCGGAGCAGAGGGACAGCGAAACCUUCGAGGAGGAGGCUGAGGAAGGCGAGCAUGAGCCAGGACAGGAGCACAAGGGGGACAGUGUGACCCUGCCAGAGCCCUUGGAGGUGAAGGAGAAGUUUGAGCUGAGCUCCAGGAUGCGAGAGGCCUGCCUCAUCGUCAAGACCCACUUGGGCCACCCCAGUGCCACCAAGAGCAAAGAGCUGAUUGCCAGCAGCAGCCUGGUCCUGCAGGAGUGGUUCCGUCUGUCCAGCCAGAAGUCUUCCGUUCCUGACACAGUCGCCAACCACCUCCUGGCCUUUGCUGAGGUCUCGCCAGCUCUCCUGGCCCACGUGGUGAACCUGGCAGACGGGAACGGCAACACAGCCCUGCACUACAGCGUCUCCCACUCCAACUUCCACAUCGUGCGGCUGCUGCUGGACACGGGGGUCUGUAACGUGGACCACCAGAACAAAGCCGGCUACACAGCUCUCAUGCUGGCAGCGCUGGCAGCCGUCGAGCAGGAAGACGACAUGAAUGUGGUCAGGAGGCUCUUCAGCAUGGGCAACGUCAACGCUAAAGCCAGCCAGGCUGGCCAAACGGCGCUGAUGCUGGCCGUCAGCCACGGCCGGCAGGAGAUGGUGGAAGCCCUACUCGCCUGCGGAGCCGAUGUGAACCUGCAAGAUGAAGAGGGCUCAACCGCACUGAUGUGCGCCUGUGAGCACGGCCGCGUGGAGACGGUGAAGCUGCUGCUGGCUCAGCCCACCUGCAACAUCUCCAUCGUGGACAGUGAUGGUAACAACGCUGUUGCCAUCGCGCUGGAGGCCGGCCACAGCAACAUCGCUGUGCUGCUCUACGCCCACCUCAACGGCACAAAAGCACAGCUGCCCCAGGGGACAUCACCAACAGCUACCAAGAGCUCUGGGAGCCCAAAGAAACCAAAUUAGAGCGACUUUAGGAUCCAGCCAGCCACCAUCAGCACUCGGCUGUAAUUUAUGUCCCCUCUCCUGCCACUCUGUCCUGUGCCGAAUGGCUCUCUGCAGCUGCUUUAAUCCUCCUGUCACUAGAGCAGGUGCCAUCCCUGGACCUCACUCACCAAUCUGUGCUGCUGGAAGCAGCCCACGCACAGCCAUCUUGCUCCACCAGGUGACAGAGGAGCCAAGCAUCGUGACCUUGGGGUGGGAAACACAGCGGCAGAAGCCACCCCCAUCCCCUCUGCUCCUCACAACUGCUGGAGCUGCACUGCCUCGGAGCCCUCUGCAAGUCACUAACUCACUGGGAACAGGAGAAAACAAACCCCACAGAAACAGCACCUGGUUUCUACUCUCAGCCAGCUCCAAGAAGGCAUCAGAGCUGGUGUUGGGGCGCAGGGCUGUGAGAGGGAGAGUGUUGGUUCACGGGGUGCUGGCAGAGAAGUGGUGCUUAGCAGGACAAUCCUGCACAACAAUGGGAGAAGGGACACAAACCAGCAGGUUAAAACUGCCUCGGAUGCGGGCUGGGAGCACUUCCAGACGGAAAUACUUGCCCUUUUGUGGCAUUUCCUUUCCUGGCUGAAACCUGAACUGUUUCUAGCAUAUGCACACAAAGCAAAAAAACUAUAUUGCUUAUUCAAAGGACUGAGUUCAACAUGAAAUCACCAUUUGCUCAAUGGGAGCAAAACUUUGGGCACCUGGGGUUGCAGCCAAGCUGACAGAAGGGGGCUGGGAGCCACGAAUGCAUUUAGGGACUGAGACUUGCCAAGCCGAUGCCUACAUGGGAGCAGGGACCUUCUCCCCAGGGGGAGAGAGAGCUGUGACCUAAACAUUUCCCAUGUUAAUCAGUCUCACAGCCACUGAUUGUGAAGGCAACCAAAUCCCUCGCUGCCCACUUUCCUUCCCAAAAGCUCAGGCGAGCACUGAGGAUGGCACCAGGAAAAAAAGAUCGGCACGAGCUCAGAGAGAGCCUAGGGCCCCCAGAGAUGGAGGUGUAUGUUGGAGGGGGGGUGUGCGUCCAUGUGAGUGUGUGUGCAUCAGGUAGGGUGGGAACAGACAAGGUAAGGACAAAGGACAAGGAGGAAAAAGAGGCUUUUGCAUGUGAAGCCAGCUCUGCUCUCUGAAUCCCUCACGAAGGUAACGUGUGCCACAGCCCUGCGUCUGCUCCUCAGCCUGGCCUCCCUCAUGAUCACACUUGCCCCUGCCAAGCCUGGUCUCAGCCCCAGUCAGCUGGGAAAUACUUCCCAAGAACUUGUUCUGGGCAUCACACUGCUGUCCUCGCAGAGGGGCUGUCUCAGCUUUGCACUAAGGUUAACAUAAAAUGCUCACAGCCGCUCUAGUAUGCUGUUCCAUAUGUAUCCUGUACUCACUGCUUCGGUUUCACAGCUUUGUUUACUGAUAUUUUAAUACUGAUGUUUAUUUUUAAGAUAUAAAUAAAACCUAAAGUAAAAUUAUUUUGCACUA